AUGGAGGACGAUGAUGUUGAAGUCGGCCCUGGUCGCGCGAUACCUACGGAUUAUAUCCCGGUCAACCUCGUUCCAGCCAAGAAUGGAGAAAUAAUUAAGCUUGGACUCAUCACUUGCCGUGUGCUCGAAGAUGGAUCCCGGACAGACAACCGCAUUGGUGCGGCCGAGUUCACACUCCCGCCUGGCCUUUCGGGACCUCCAGCUCACUGGCAUGAGAUGCAUGAUGAAUGUUUCUUGGCAACGCAGGGCGUGAUUCGCUACCAUCUCCCAAAGAUAGAUGGCACAGAGGACAUCAUUGACGCGAAGGAGGGCGACUUCGUAGCAGUGCCGGUUCGAGCGCCGCAUACAUUCAGCAACCCGACAGACCAGGAGGCCAAGUUCGUGAAUACGUUUACCCCCUCGCAUUACAUUAACUAUUUCAAGCUCCUUGGGACAUAUGUGAAGGAGGGGAAACCAAUCUCUCCAAAGGAGCACUUGGAUGCGAUGUCAAAUUAUGCUACGCUCCCAGUGCUGCAUAAGAAGGCAGAAAAGAAAAGUAAUUAGGGAGCAUAAGAGCAAUUUACAACUGGCGUAC